CACGUGUCACGUGACCCCGCUUCCCCUGGAUACGGGAAAGCGUCUAGCUGCGGUCUCCACGGAGGGAAGAAUGGUUGUAUAGUAGUUCAAGGGACGUUUCAGUGCGGCGUUUUAUACAGUUAAAACGUCAAACUAUAAUGGCCAUUUGUCGGGGAAGCGUCGCUGUCGUCCCAACAACAACUUUAUCAACUUUUAAUACCUCAAAUUUUACGUUUUAGCCGCGCCGCUCUGCUGAUCUUUCUUAGCAUGGACGAUAAGGAUUAGUUAGCCUCAGCAUCAUCCCAGUGACCACACCUCUUGGUGACAGGUUUCUGAGCAAACAUGGGGAAGCUGCAGAGCAAGUUUCGCAAGAGGUCUGAGCUGUACAGAUCACCUCAAGGGGAGAAGGCUGAGAACACCUUUGACAGUCAGGUGUUACAGUAUGAACCUGCCCACUAUGGAGCCAUCAACACUGUGACCAAUCUCAGCCCAGACUUGUGUGUUUCUGGUGGCAGUGACCAGGCUGUUGUAGUGUAUGACUGGAAACAAGGCCAGAUGUGUCAGUCCUUCCAGGGUCACAACAGAGAGGUUACCAAGGUGCUUUGUUAUCUCGACAGUACAUGGAUCUUUAGUGCCUCGCGGGACAAAACCGUUCUCAUGUGGGACCUGAACCAGGGAGACGAACCGAUUCAGGAGUUUUGUGGACAUGAGCUGGUUGUCAAUGGAAUCGCUAUCAGCCCUGAUGGAAGAAAGCUUUGCACUGGCUCUCGGGACAACUGGAUGUGCCUGUGGGAUAUAGAAUCUGCAAAAUGUGAACACAGACAUAACAUCUCAAGAAACCUGGUGACUCAUGUAUGUUGGGUGCCAGCUAGCUUUUCUGUAGUCCAGACCUCAGAGGAUAAAACUAUAAGGGUGUGGGAUAGCCGUUCGUGGCAGGUGACCAAUACCUUCCCAGCUAAGCAGUAUAUACAGACUCACUGUGAUGUCUCUUCAAACGGGAACUACUUGGUGUCCAGCAGCAACGGCUUUGGAGGCCAGGGUUGUGAAGCCACGCUCUGGGACUUGCGUCAGCCUGGCUGUAAAGUUGUGGAGUACAGAGGUCACCUGCAGACCACAGCCUGCUGCACAUUUCUACCUGUGUUUUCUGGUGGCCCGGCUCAGAUAGCAACAUCCUCCCACGACUGUUCGGUCAAAAUCUGGGAUCAGAAUACUGCAGUUUGUUUAGGGACAUUGUCCCUGGAUGGUGCUGGUCCUCUGGUUUCUUUGGCUCCCACCGAUACCAAUAGUUUGCUGUGUGCCAGCUUCAACGCCGGUCUCCAACAUAUCCAGCUGGACCAGGGGUCCCUCCAGGCACAGGGUUCUGGUGCUGGAAAUCUGGAUAUGAGAGUUGUGGCACGAUUCUGACAGCACCAAAGCAUGUAAUGGGACUUAUAUGGACAUCAAGGCAUUCAGCGAGCAGUAACGACAUACUUCCUUUUUAAAAACCUUUUAAUGUCA